UUGGUCGGCAUUGGAUAAUUCAGUGUCAAUUGCGAGCGCAAACGAUGAGACAUGAAGAGCAGAGAGGCAAACAUAGGAGACGCGCUGCGUUCCGCAAUAGUCCGCAACACGUCGAGGCCAUCCAUCAUCCAGGGCAUUAUUCAUCCUCACAGCUCUUCGCGUUCAUCUCAAUCGGAGGCGCACUCUGUAUCGGCCAGUUGGGUGCGAGAUCGUAGACUGUGUGCUUCAGCAAUAUGCCGCGAGUUCAGCAUUUCAGCUGCAGUGUGGGGAUCCCCGUAUAUGCUGUCGACUUUAUCGACGAUGAUGUGCUGGUGUAUGCAGGGGGCGGUGGCGCGGGCCGCAGCGGCGUGGCCAACGCAAUUCGCAUUGCAAGGAUUGAUGGGCCGGGCCAAAGACUUGAGCAACUCGCCGAAAUCAAGCUCAGUCGCGAUGAAGACGCGCCAAUGUGUAUGACUGUGGACCGUCAGGGUCAACGUAUACUAUGCGCCAUCAACUCUGUCGCAUCAGAUAUGAAGCAAAGGCAAAAUAAAUCAUUGCGUGUGUUCUCUUUCCAGCUUGGGGAAAGCGAUAAAGAAGGGUCGUUCAGCUCGGAGAUCAAGCCUUCGGCUUCCUCGGCGUCGCUGAACAUCACCGAUCCCGAGCAUUACCAAAAAGUUUUACGGUUAUCACAGCAUGGCAGCACUCUCUUAUCGGCAGGUACCGAUGGAACUCUAGCAUUGCAAGAGUAUCCCUCAUUACGUUCACUCUGGCCAUCGGACUCUCGAGAAUUCGCUGCAACGGAGAUCUACGACGGCAGUUUUGCAGAAAGUGGUGCUGCUGUCGUGCUGGCCUCAGCUGCCAAACUAAAAGUGCUCAGCACCGUACCACCUGGGAAAGAAGGAAAUGAGCACGGACCCACUGUCUUGCAGACGAUACAGAACCCGGCGCUCGGUGGUAACGGCACAUGCGCCUUCAGGGCGGCGCGCUUUGGGAGAGGAGAUGCUAGCCGUAACAAGCUUUUCACCGUUGUGAAUGCAAGUGGUGAUGCGGGCGGUAGGGGCAAGCGUAGCGCAUCUGCGCGAAAGAGCUUUGUGACCGCAUGGAACGCCGAGACCUGGGAUCUGAUUGAGACGAAGCAUGUGUCGGACAAGCCGGUAACAAGCUUUGAUGUCAGCUCCGAUGGAACGCGACUCGGCUUCUCAAGCUCUGACCUGAGCGUAGGAGUGCUCGAUUCGCACAAUCUCAGACCAUUGGUUCGAAUCCUCAGCGCACACAGUUUUCCCGCAACCUGCAUUCGCUUCAGCCCUUCGGGCAAGUAUCUUGUCAGCGGCAGCGCCGACAACACCUUGAGGCUGGUCGAAUUGAACAGCGUAGUCACUGCAGACGGACUAUCGAUCCCUUGGACAGUGCUUUUCACACUUUUCCUGCUUAUCUUGGCAGUAUACUUGCAGAAGGUGCUGUAGUCAUGCUAAGCACCCAGCGCCCAUGAUACCAGAACAGUCGUACAGACUAGACUUUUGCUUUUGAUUGUAAAUAAAGAAGCAAAGCCAUGAAAGGCAAAUUACCA